CAAGAUUUCCUUCCUGUUAGGUUCCAAUUAGCUUCCUAUUAAACAUUAACAGUGUUACUUACGCUCCCGCCGCAAGGAUGCGCUACACCGAGCUGCGACCGGAUCCGCAGCUGUUGAAACCGAACUAUGGUGGCUUCAAGCUAUCGCUCGACACUAUACCGGUGCUCCGUAGCGAGCUCCCUGCCACACAGCGCGCACAUCGUGUGCGGCCCAACCCACAGCGCCAGUACUCGUACCUGCACGCGCGCCUAUUCGGUCUCCAGAAUCAUCUCGUGGCCGAUCCGUGGACUCCCGGCUGUCUGUACUACAUCGAUGUUUCCGGUACGGUGCAACGCGUCCAGUACCAGCCCUCCAUUGGCCGGCUGUCAGCGUGCUGCCCCGUGUAUCGGAUGGUCCUACCACCACAAUCAACCACUACGGAUUCGGAUCCGUACAAUUGCUCGCUCGUGUUCGCCUCGGAUCGCCUCUGCCUGCUGGCGGAUGGUCACGGUAAGGUAAGCGUCCUGCAGACGGGCAAUCGCGGCGCAGCAACAACAACCUGGGAGACAGAGUGUGUGUUGCCCCGGGCGGACGACGAAGGUUCCCGAUUGCUGCCAACCGCUGGUAGCGUACUGCUCGAUGCUCGCCUCGUCCAGCCGGAUGUCGGCUCGAGCAGCCAGCAGCUGCACUGUAUCGCGCUCCAGGUGGAACACUUCCCAUCGAAACCAUCCGAAACGGUACUACACUGGUUUGUGCUCGAGCAGCAGCAGCAGCAACGGCAACCGGAAGCUGUGAUGCUGGAUGGAUGGACCGUACGUUCGAGCUGCCAGCUACGGAGCGGUGGUUUCCCGCGGUACUGCUCACUCGAUCACGACUGUACGGGGCUGCUGCUGGCCAGCAAUAAACCUUUCACCUUCACCGAGGACACCGAGUACCCGAUCAAACCGGAACCGUCCGAAACGGAAGCCAAAGGGAUGGCAACGCAGGGUGCCGCUACGGACGCCGAUCCCUCGGUGGCUGGUAUCUCCCUCUCCUGGAUCCAAACCAUGGCUGACAUUAAGAUCUGUUGCAGCAAGGGGGGUGGCAUUAACUGGCAGUUCGAGUCGGAAACGGGUCCCGAAGGUCCGACCUUCCAGCUGACGGCCAACGGUGAACCGGUUCUGGCCGGAUCGCAACUCUUUGCUGCCAUCACCGGGACACCGAGCACGAGCGAGACGGACACGGUGCUCGAGCUGGUGCUGGAGAAAGCGGCGAAGGAGUGCGUGUGGCCGCAUCUGUACGAGGAUGGUCCAGAGGAAAUGACCGUCGGGACGGUCGCUGCUAACGAGCUGUUACCGGCACCCGAUCUGGACGCCAUGCUGGAAGAGUGUGACUUUGGCGAUGCGGAGGGCGAGGAGCAGUACUUUACGCUGGAGCGGUUGGACCGCCAAACACACCGGGUCACGGAUCGCGCUUCACUCGGCAGUCAGCCGCCGCUGUUCGCGAUGCGCCUGCAGCCCGACGCACCCACUGCCAUCGUCGUGCGCCAUCACGUGGACGCGUGCGUCUGGCAACCGAUCCGGCCGGUAGCAACGUCGACGGCUACCGGUCCGGCCAGCAGCUGGAAUUUGCGGCACGAAGGCACCCUGCACACGUUCGGUUACGUGCAGGCGUCGAAGCGCCAGCAAAAGUACCUAGCCGCGGCCCCGGACCUCGGCUACGCGGCCAUCUGCGAGUCCGAGCGGAUGAUGUCCAUCUACCGGCUGAACUACGGCACCAGCGGCGUACUGCGCCGUCGCCACGGACCGCAGGUAUCGGUCGGCCAGCAGCAUUUGAUCUUCCUCGAGGACACGUCCGAGAUAUUGGGCAUUUGCUGCGAAAACGAGGCGAUCGUGCUGCUGCUCGAGGGUGCCCUCGUCACGCUGCAGCUAACGAUCGAAGAGUGAAGUCAGCAUUAGGGAGAGCUAACCAAUGGAGAAUACCGCCUAAUUUAAUAAUAAAGAUGGACCACAGGGGUUGUGGUUCCGAUUUCCAUUUUUUUAAA